AUGUCCGGAUUCGCAGCGUACACAAAACCAAUUGCGGAUUACAAUGUCAAAUUAGUGGGCAGUAUUGAGUGUCUUCCGGAUAGAGUUUUCUUUGAGAAACGGUAUGAUAUUGGCUCGAGUGCUAAACAUUAAUUAUCAACGCAUUUUACUAAAAGUUCAUAAAGUCAAAACUCCCACAUUAAUUGUAACAGGCGUAUAAUUAUGGGUUUACCUAGAUCUCAACAUUGUUUGUGCAGAGGAACUGUAACAGACGCAUGCGGAAACUUUCAUUGCAGAAACAAAAAUGCGUUCAAAAACGCCAAAAAAGUGCAUAUUUCUAAAUUCCUUGACUCAUCGCGGUUUUGUCAUAAUCCGAUUUGUUUACAAUACGAAAAUAGUAUUAAAUUAUUCGGAAGUGGGUUCUGGAUUUGAUCAGAUGCAUGUAUAUUUAAAAAUGUCAGCGCAAUGACAGCUGCGGCAAAAGAAUAAGCGCCACAAAAGCCGAUUUUCCAAAUGUUUAAUCAUUGCUUUUUACAAAGAACAUUUACAAUUUCGUAGAUGCCUUUUUUAUUUUUAUUGGUAGUAUUAGUCAAAUCUGUGAAUCAGGAAUUAUUUUAUGGAAGAUGGAAGUAAAUUUUUUUAGAACUUGGGUUAAUAAAAAGCCUUACGAAAUUCGGAAAUAGGCCCUCGGUUUACCAGCCGCUGGCUCGUACCUAAACUGCUUUUGUGGUGAGCAUUUACUCUUUGCGAAAUUAAAAAACCGUACCAUUGUGUCUUGCUGAAAACGAAAGGAAAAUGUACAGUGCGGGAAGGACCCGAACUUUUUAGUGCAGUAAGAAAAGUGUCUAUUUGUAAGCAAAAAUUUGUUAUUUAUCCUGUCGAGCUGAUAUUUUGAACCUGGCCUACGAAUUCUUCUGACCUUAAACUUGAACUCGAGAUUUUUCUAAACCUUAACUUGAACUUAGGAUUUUCAAAACCAUGAAUUGGUUUUUUUGCCAUGAAUGCGAAUUUGUAAUCCUGCACCAACUUUUCUAGAGAGGUCCGUAAAAAAGUGUACCAUUUCGUUAGGUUCGGAUAGGUACACUUUGAACCGAGUUACAGGAGAGUUCAACAUCUUUUCGUGGAGCAUAUGUUGAAAUGCAAAAAGGAAAAUUAGAAUGUGCAGUCGGCAGCGACCGUAGUGGAAAUGCAGCAAUUUAAAUCAAAGUCCGUGAACUGGCAGUUAGUAGUAAAGGUGGCGCUCGCUUAAAUACUGCGGACCUUUAAGCCCAAAAAUUUAAACCGCGUAUCAUGCACUCGUAGCACACCAGUAUUGUGUAUUGUCUAUGACAUCUGUGUUUUUCUGGGUAACGAAAUGAAGCUGCCCAACAAAUGGUCAGCCUAUUUUUUGGCAAUAACCGAUCUAUGCCCAUUCCCGGGCAUAAGUUAGAUUUACAAACCCUUUUUCACGUCAUGCCGGUUGUAAACUUUAGUACUUGACGUAAAACUUCAUUUCAAUGUCCGAUCUCUCGCUCAUAUUAGAUGUAUAGUUAUGUGUUGCGAGGGGAAAACAAACAUCACAACGCCACGUGCGUUUUGACUUUUAUAAAUUAAACUAAAAGUGGGAAUAAAAGCCGCUCAUGGUAUUGUCAAGAUACACCCUCAUUUUCGAAAAUGUGUAGAUGACCUAUGGAUGAAUGAACUUUGGUUUAAUAUAAAUUCAAUCGAUGCUAUUUUAAGGAAGGUCAAGAACGAGUUCUUUUUAGACUUUUUUGUUUUUCUUUCGAUCAACCCUGUUUUAUAAUUUUAUAUUAUGGGACAAGCUCCUACCUCACAAUCAUAUUUACGUUAAUUUAACCUUGGAGACGUAUUCUAUAAGAUUCUGUUAACCAAAUUUAGGACAAUUACUACGUUUAUUUGAUCCAAAUUAUGUAUUUUGACGGUAUUGACGGGGUUCAAAGUCUUUACAUGGCUUUCCACCUGCUUACUGGUGUAAAAAUGGGGUAUAACGCAUUAACCCGACUUUGACUUGUCGCAGCUGUUAUAAAGUUUAGAUUCGGUAUUUCGAAAAGAAACUGUUAUAAUAGUUUGCUUUGAAAUUGCCUGAAAGUUGUCGUACCUGUGUAAAAUUGAGUUUGAAAGUGUUCAAAAGUCGGGUUAAUGUGAGGCACGGUGAUAAGAAGGACGCUUGAAGGAUUUAGACGUUUUCACUGUAUUUUACUGUGUUGUGCAGGGAGUCGAUCAAACAUUGGCGAUUAUUGCCUUAAACAUUUAUUUGCCCUGAGGGUGGAAACAAAGCGGAUUUGUCAAUGGGAUAUUAGAGGGGAGAAAAAAUGGGCCGGUUCGCCUUAUUAUUAAGGCCUCUUUUAAAUCCCACUCGUCUUCACAUGAAAAGGGGCGGAACAUGGCUAUUUUUCGCUAUAUAAACAUUGAUAAGGCCGAAAACAAAUCGCCGGUGGCUAGAAGAGCCGACCGGAGAGGUAUCCUUCUGAUUCUUGGGAGCGUAGCAGUAGGCAGUGCUCGGUGUUUUGCACUUCUUAUAAUCUUUGGCUAUCUUUUUUUCCUACCGUAAGAAACAGCGGCGACCCUGUGGUCAUUUUAUUUAUCCAUUCAAAACAGGGACGAUUUGCUUUUGAUUAUUUUUUCUCAAAAUAAAAUGACUAUUCCAAAUGAGAAUCCGUCUGAUUAGAGAUUGCGAGAUCGUAUUUUCCCGCGGUUUGUAGCCUUUUCCACAUUAAUAUUGUCAUUUAAGGUUUGUACCAGCACACCCCGACAACUGUAUAUUCCAGCUACAAAAAUUUGGUGACUAGAACUUACAGUGUAAAGCAACCCAACCGGGCUGUCAGACUCUACGUUACCACGAACAAUUCUACUCUGGUCCCUUCGAACGCAAAUUUCUUUUAUUACACCAUGUUCCAAUCGACGACGCUGCUUGUUUUUAUACCGCUUAUUGCCAAGGUUGCUGGCCUUUCCUGCUUUUCGAAUGAGAAUGGCUUCCUCGAAGUUAUUGAAGAUUCGGAUUUCAAGUAUUGUGUAACAAUACCCGCUGGACACGACAAAGACGGCCAGCCCACAAAUGCAAGUCAGUACGGGUUGACUGCGGAUAUGGACGAUAUGGGAGGAUACGACGAGAUGUUUGUAUCCACCACGUUGCUUAGUCUGUGCAUUCAAGAGGUAAGCGGGUAUCUCCUUUAUAUCUUUGAUUUUAUAUUUAUAAAUUUAAAGUCAAAGUUCUGAAAUCUGUUUUUCUAAUUUUCUCCUUUUCCAGAAAUACGACAUUGCCGCAAUUGUGAAAAAGUCGUACGGCCCAAAGUUUGUUCACAAACUUCCCGAGCCGGAAUACAUGACGAGGUGCUUGUGUUCGACAAAUUACUGUAACAAAGGCACGACAAUAGAAGACUUUUACUCCGAGCAACUUAAAAUCUUUGUCUAA